AUGGCUUCAACACCCAGCUCCGAACAUGGCCUUGUGAAUCUCAAACAAGGCCAGCAUGUUUCUUCUUCAACAACAACUGAAAUCAUGGAAGAACAUCAUCAUCCACAGAUUAUCGGAGUAAAGGAUGAUGAAGCUCUCAAAGUCCAUCACUUGGACGACGAGACAGCAUUCAUAAAAAAUCAUAAUGAUGAUUAUGAUGAACAACAUAAUUUUAAAACAAUCAUGGAUGAACACUCAAUACAGGCACAUGACGAAUCGCCGAUUACUUCAAACUCUAAUGAGAAGGGAAUGUUGGAAAAAUUGAAAAAGGGAGCUACUUGGUUCUUUUCAUCUCAGCUCUAUGCUAACUUGUUAAUGGUUGGAACUUUAUUCACUUUUGGAGGCUUUUGCGUACUAGCACCUAACCCAAUUAGUCGUUUUCAGCCUCCAAUAUUUGCAUUUGUACGAACUUCACUGAUCACAGUAGUACUGUUUUUCCUCUCAAUAUUUAUUGACAGAAAUUAUUCGUUUAGGUCUGAAAGGGCUCUUGCAAGAUACAAAAAUCCAAUUCUUCGAUACAUCAAAAUGAAAACGCCCACUUUUAAAAUGUUUAAGAAAUUAUGUAUUUGUGGCUCCAUGAAUACGAUCAAUAUGGUUUUUUUCGUCAUUGGUUUAAAUAUGACGUCAGCCACAAUUGCUGGACUGCUACAGCCAUUGAUUGCAGAGGUCUGUAUCUUCUCCAUCUUGCUAAAACGAGAGGCAAAAGGAAUUAUCAAAAUUUUGGGAGUGUUGAUUUCAUGUUUUGGAGCAAUAUCCAUGCUUGGAAUUUCUGCUCUUUUAGACGGAGAGGAAAUUGCUGAAGCCACAGAUCCUGAAGAAACUCCACAAAAAUCCAUUUUACAAACCUUUUCACUCACCAUUGGAAUGAUCUUGAUUGUGUUGAAUACUUUGGCCUAUUCUGUCUAUUUAAUUUUAUUGAAAAACUUGACCAAAAAAGUGCCACCUGUGACAUUGAGCAUGUGGACAUUCUUGGGUGGACUUUUAAUUCCAUUCAUUGUUGCUUGCUAUUACUAUCCUUCUUUUCAGUUUCGAAAAUUGGAUGCAAAUUCAUUUAUUGGUCUUGCCUAUGCAGUGUUCAUUCACGGUACAUUGAGCUUUGUGAUGAAUUCAAAGGCAUCAAGUCUCACCUCUCCAACGGUAAUAGGAAUCUACAACACUGUUUCACCCAUAGUGACUACCUUCAUGACAGUGACAAUAUCAGGAGAAACUGUUUCACCUUGGAUUAUUCCAGGAGCCAUUGGAAUUCUUGUUGGACUUGCUUUUGUUAUUUUCUCCAAAUGGAGAGAGGAAAGGCAACGUCAGAAAGACGAACAAGAUCUUAAGGCUCGUGAGAAGCAACAAGUUGAAGAUAGCCAAGAAUUGCAAGAAUUCGAUGAGCAAGCAUAA